GCUCGAUCGACGCAGCCAGCGCUUCGCUGUUAGAUCCUCCCACUGUACCGACCGAUGGCUGCGCGACCUCCUCCCGCUCGUCCCCAUAUUGGCAUAAGCCCCUCGCACAGGUUCUCUUCGUAUGUCAUUCCUGACUGGGCUGAGGACGAUGCCUGGGAUAGCGGCUCCGACUCAGAGGCACCGAGCAAUCCGAGCUGGAACCGUUCUUCAAGCUUCAGCAAGCAAGGGUCCACCAGCAGCAGCACCGCUCCAAAACCCGUACCAAGACCAAAUCUGAACAACUCCUCUUCUACCCUCGCAUUCUCAUAUACCCACGUCUCUCACCCCAGCUCUUACACGUCGAAGCAGGAGGUUCAAGCGCCACAGAAUGGAUGGACAAUCGUCAGGAAGAGCACCGACCACCGGUCAAGUCUAGAUAGGCAUCCUUCGGACAAAGCAAAGGAGGGUGUGGUGUACGAGGACGCUGAGGGUGAGAUGAUUGUGGGGGAGCUGGAGCCCGAGCUUGCAGACCCUGCCGCUGUCUCGCAUACACGACUCAGGGCAGGCGACGGUUUCGUAAGAGGAGAUGUGCAAGAGAUUGUAAAUGAUCCACUGCAUGUCGUCCACCGUCGUCCACCGCCUAACAAACGACCGGCACACUCCCGGACGAGCUCGAUUGACCCGAGCCUGCGCUCAGAGAAGCUGGAUCGCGAGCGGUCGAUACGGUCAAGUAGGCGACAAAAGUUCAUCGACUGUAUCACGGCGGAAGACGUGAACAUGGCGACUUUGCGCAAGCUGGCGUGGAACGGCGUGCCGAAUGAUUUGCGGCCAAUAGUGUGGCCACUACUGCUCGGUUAUUCUCCACUUCCAGCACCAUUACGAAUACCUACCCUUGCCAGAAAGAGACAAGAAUAUCUUAAUCUCGUUGAGCUUGCCUUCUCUCGUGGACGAGAAAAUCUUGACCAGCAAAUAUGGCACCAAAUCGAGAUCGAUGUCCCGCGAACGAGACCUGGCGUGCCACUAUGGAUGCAAGCAGCUACACAACGGAGCCUAGAACGGAUUCUAUACGUCUGGGCAAUACGUCAUCCUGCUAGUGGGUACGUGCAGGGCAUUAAUGACCUUGCGACGCCGUUCUUCCAGGUGUUCUUGUCUACUUAUAUCGACUCGGACCCUGAAGAGUUUGACCCCUCCGUGCUGCCGCCCAAUGUCCUGAACGCUGUCGAAGCGGACACGUUUUGGUGUUUAUCUCGUCUCUUGGACGGAAUCCAGGAUAAUUACAUCGCAACACAGCCUGGUAUCCACAGAAGCGUCAAGCGUAUGGCGGAACUGGUUGCACGCAUAGAUGCACCAUUGGCGGCUCAUCUUGUGUCGGAGAACGUUGAAUUCAUGCAAUUUGCAUUCCGGUGGAUGAACUGCUUGCUUAUGCGCGAAAUCAGCGUGCAGAAUACCAUCCGCAUGUGGGAUACUUAUCUGGCUGAAGGCGCAGAUGCCUUUUCCCAGUUCCAUCUGUACGUCUGCUCAGCAUUCCUCGUCAGAUGGAGCAAAAAGCUGCGGGAGAUGGACUUCCAGGGCAUCAUCAUGUUCCUACAGUCGCUCCCAACCCAAGGUUGGGGCGACCACGAAAUCGAGCUGCUGCUCAGCGAGGCAUUCGUGCACUACUCGACAUGGCACAACGCGCAGAGUCACUUCGGUAAAAACAAGUGACCCGUUCCUCUCGGACUUAACCAAUCAUUUUCGUAAUUCUGGAUAUCAAUCAAGUAGGCUGUACGUUCUCAGCAGGAGGCAGAGCAUGAUAUUUAUUAGUAUACGCACG